CUUGGUGCGAGAUGGCCAUGGAUUCUGGGAAGGUGGAGACACUGUUGAAAGCCCAGCAGCUGAGGGAUCAGUUUGACAACUUGGAAAAGCACACACAGUGGGGUAUCGAGUUUGUGGAGCGGUACACCAAAUUCGUAAAAGAGCGGUCCGAGAUCGAAAUCAACUAUGCAAAGCAAAUUAGGAAUCUUUCAAAGAAAUACCAGCCCAAGAAGAAUAGUCGAGAAGAGGAGGAAAACAAGUAUACAUCAUGUCGGGCCUUCCUGUCAACUCUGAACGAGCUGAACGACUAUGCCGGACAGCACGAGCUCAUCGCCGAGAACCUCACCUCACAGAUCAUCGCUGAUCUGACGCGAUACAUCCAGGAUCUCAAGGCAGAGAGGAAAUCGCAUUUCCACGAUGGACGGAAGGCACAGCAACACAUCGAAAACUCCUGGAAACAACUGGAAUCGAGUAAGCGCAGGUUCGAGAGGGACUGCAAAGAGGCGGACAGGGCCCAACAGUACUUUGAUAAGAUGGACGCGGACAUCAACGUGACGAAGGCAGACGUGGAGAAGCGAUGUUCCCACAAGGCACGGCAGCAGGCACAGAUGAGGCACCAGAUGGCCUCAGACAGCAAGAGCGAGUAUGCCAACUACCUGCAGAAGUUCAACCAGGAACAGAAUGAGCAUUACUAUACUCUCAUACCGCACAUCUUCCAGAGAAUCCAAGAGAUGGAGGAGAAGCGAAUUGAGAGGGUGGGGCAGUCCAUGAAGACAUUUGCGGAGGUGGACCGGAGCGUUCUGCCCAUCGUGGGAAAAUGCCUGGAUGGCAUGACGAAGGCAGCAGAAUCCAUCGAGCCCAAGAGUGACUCACAGCAGGUUAUAGAAACGUACAAGUCUGGCUUCGAACCCCCUGGUGACGUGGAGUUCGAAGACUAUGGCCAAGCGAUGAAGAGGACCGUCUCAGAGUCAAGCCUCUCCAACUCCAAGGGGGAGGGCAAGCCAGACAAGCCCAGCAGCAAGAGCAAGGGCAAGCUGUGGCCUUUUAUCAAGAAGAAUAAGCUUAUGUCCCUGUUAACGUCCCCCCGCCAGCCCCCCCCUCCCCCCCCUGCCUCCGCCUCGCCCUCACCCUCUGCUGUUCCCAACGGCCCCCAGUCUCCCAAGCAGCACAAGGAGCCCCUCUCACACCGCCUCAACGAGUUCAUGGCCUCAAAACCCAAAAUGCACUGCUUCCGGAGCCUGAAGCGAGGGCAGUCCAGUCGCUCUUAUUAUUACCACAAAGAGCUCAUGAAGAGGACGCUGGGCAAGCCCACGUACGCAUUUGAGGCCAGGCAAUAUGUUCUUUCUCUCAAGCUGAUCACACUCAAUGCUCAGGUCCGGAAUCUCAUUGAGGGCUCCGGUCCUGAAGAUUUCAGCCACCUGCCCCCCGAGCAGCGGCGGAAGAAGCUGCAGGCCAAGAUCGACGACAUCAACAAGGACAUCCAGAAAGAGAUGGAUCAGAAGGAUGCCUUGACUAAAAUGAAGGACGUCUACAUAAAGAACCCGCAGAUGGGAGACCCCAACAGCGUGGACCCUCGACUAGCUGAGAUCAGCCAGAACAUCGAGAAGCUCCAGCUCGAGGCACAGAAAUUUGAGGGAUGGCUUGCAGAGGUGGAGGGCAGGUUGCCAGUGAAGAGUGAUCCCCCUCGCAGACAGAGUGGGCUGUAUGAGACCCAGAACAACACACCCGUCAACAACAACUGCGCUCAGGACCGCGAGAGCAGCCCAGAUGGCAGUUACACAGAGGAGCAGAGUUCCGAGACUCAGAUCAGGGUCCCCAACACAGAGUUCGAUGAUGAGUUCGAUGAUGAAGAGACGCUCCCCACUAUUGGGACUUGCAAAGCCCUCUACCCCUUCGAAGGCCACAAUGAGGGCACCAUUUCGGUAGCAGAGGGCGAGCUGCUGUACGUGAUAGAGGAGGACAAGGGCGAUGGCUGGACACGCGUGCGUCGGAAUGAGGAGGAGGAGGGAUACGUGCCCACGUCUUAUGUCGAGGUCUUUUUGGACACAAAUGCCAAAGAUUCCUAAAAGUGUGGGGCUGGCACAGGAGUGGCAGGGCAAGCUGCCCCGGAGAAAACCAUCUUCCUUUUAAAGGUCGUUAGUCAGAAAAAACAACACAAAGGGGGACGAGUUAUGAGGCCUUUCAGUUUCCCACUCCAUACAGAAACCCAUUGAGUGCUCCUUCUGCAAUGGUAGCUGAAAGCAGCGAAAAAAAAAAUAAAAACUAAAAAAGGAAAACAGAACUAAACCAAAUUUAGCACACAUCAUAUUUUUGAUAGAUCUGCUUCUAUUGUUUCUGCAUAGCUUGCUUUUUUUUGGUGUACUAACUUGGCUUCCGUGUCUAUGUGUGUGGCGGCUGAUGGCUCUCGCUUUGAACCCCCCCAAGCGCAGCCUCUUGUGGUCAGAGACAGGACCGGGACCAGACGGUCACGCGGCAGGAGCGGAAACUGCAUUGGUCGCGUAGGGCAGACCCGUUUCACCGCGUAUCAGGGUCAUCAUCAGACCUGCACAGGAUUCCAGUCACUGACCUCACAAUCACUGACAUUACAUGCAGGAGGACAGACCACUUACAGAGUGGUCUUGCACCAAGGGAAUUAGUUCUAGAAUCUGAACACAUAUCCACACAUCAUUCUUUUUACUCAUACGUCUGUAAUAUUUCAUAAUAUAAUAUUCACAGUAGCCACAUUUUAGAUUAUCAUACAGUGAGAAUGCUGAAGACGGACAUAAGCGAUUAGUCAUCAGCUUUGCCACGUCUGAACCAAUAGAACAUCCCACAUUAUUUGUCCAUCCGUUUACACGUUAUGCUCAGUG